UUAUGUGUAAUACAUUCCUUAAUCAUGUUUUGGAGAUGCUACACGAUCUUUUGUUUAAGAAAAGAGAAUGAAACUUGAGGUGAAAGAAUCCCGGCAAGUUAGCACGAAAGUCUCUCUGGGAGUACUGAAAGAGCGACUGGCAAAACAAACGCAGCAGAGACCAAGUCCAGAGAAGAUGCAGAAACGCUUGAGCAGUAGCCAUCAUCUGCUUCGUGGUGCUCAUGAUCGUCACUCCCCGCCAUCCCUCAAUCUCAAAAAUACCACGAUUUCGCUGACCAGCGUGAAAGCAGAGGUUUCCGCCACUAAAAUCGAUUCAGAGAACCCUACUCCCGAUUUCCUUUGCCGAACCACGAUCUGGGAAACCUUUUCAAACGUGUAAGCUUUCCCCACUCGGAAUCUGGUAACAGGGGAAGGGAACAACCUUGCCUACCAUGGUUAACAGAUGUGGUAGAUGGAUAAUUUUUUGUGUAAACACCAUGAAUCCCCAAACCAAGCAUUCAUCUACCCAACUCUUCACAUCCGCUCAUUUUUGCCCCAUCAGAAUCUCCAACCUCAAAAGCUUAAGGAAGUUUUCGCCCACCACAGCCUAAACCAGCUAACUAUAAAUAGGCUCGUUUCUACUCUGUAGUCUCUGCACAAACACAAAGCAGAGCAAACUUACUAUCACCCAGAGCAAAUAAUAAAGUUCAAUCCUUUUUUCCAAAAACCAUGAAAUCCUCUCUCUUUCCCCUUGUUCUGGUUACCCUACUCCUUUCUCUCAACCCAUCUGUUACGGGAAAAGGAUUACUGGAACCAUGUUCCAUUUCUUCCAUGUAUAUAUUUGGAGAUUCCGUUUCUGACGCCGGCAAUGCCAUAGUCGAGUACCCGAACUCCUACGCCGGCCAAUUCCCCAACGGAAUGACCAUAGGGAAGGCCACCGGAAGAUUCUGCGACGGGCUGCUAAUAGUGGACAGAAUCGCUGAGUCGGCGGGGCUACCGCCGACCAAUCCGUUCGAAAACAAGAGUCUGAACCAUUCGACCGGCGCCAAUUUUGCCGUCGGUGGUGUCGGGCUCUUGUCCAAAGAGCUUCGAGCAGAUUUGCAUGUCGAACUCGGUUCGUCCCAGAGCAGUUUGGAGGUUCAGCUUGGGUGGUUCGAUGAAUUUCUCCGAGAAGAACCUGCUCGCGCAGACAAGAUAGGGUCAGCUCUUUUCGUCUUGGGCGGCGGCGGGAAUGAUUAUGCAAGUUUUCAGAUGAACGACAGCUUCUUCAACGAUCACCCUCUGAGGGCCAAGAUGCUUAUAAUGCCGUAUGUAAUUGAUUCCCUCAAGAAUGGGACGAAGAAGGUAAUCCAGUACGGGGCGAAGAAGAUCGUCCUCCUCGGAGUUUACCAAGGGGGCUGUCUGCCGGGCACAAACGAAAGCAUGCUGCAUGUGGACGGGAUCUUCUGCAGCAAGGCGUGGAACUCGUACCACGAGCUCCACAACCAGCUCGUGCAGAAGCUUGUCCGCGACCUGAGCAAAGAGUUCCCGGAUGUCAGGAUCGUCUAUGGGAACAUUUGGAGCGGAGUGGACCGGCUGUUUCACAACUACCGGAGCCUCGGCUUUGAGCACUCCAACGCGGUCCGUUGCUGCGGUAAUGCAAGCAACACCAACUGCGGAUCUCCGGGGAGCCAUUACAUGUUCUGGGACGGGAGGCACUUCACAGACCACGCCUACCGCGUCAUCUCCGACAGCAUGAUCCCUCAGAUCUUCGAGGGCUUGCGGUGCGGUGGAGCUCCAGCUCCUGCGAAGAAUUUGGACGAGCAGAGAACUACUUCUCUUCUUCAACGGCAGCAGAACUGGAGCUAGCGUUAUACGCUGCAUCAGCUGAAGACGUGUCCAAAUCGUUCAGUCCCAGCUCUUCGUUCUGCUCGAACGACCUCUCGUACUCCUCAACUGGAUUCAUCAAAGCAACCCACGUUGACAAAACAAACACGUGUUACUCGGUCAAUUACUGUAGCAGGAGUACGACGACAUAUGACAACUAGCUUUGAAGUUAAUGCAAGGGCAUGAACUCAGCUCAGGCCUCAGUGUUCCAUUUAAGAUUGUAAUUGUACAACAGGAUGGACAAUUUACUUACAUAUAAGCUGUUGGUCGUCUUUGAGAUCAUCUGUUGCUGGAGCAAUGAAAGAAUUUGCCAAUGCAUCAUCAAGAAUCAAAGUAAAAGGCUUUUCAAGGUUUAGAAUCUGACAAGAGAAAUAAAUGGCAAGUCAGGAGUAUGGAAAAGAGAACGCAAAAAGCCAAAACCAGUGUGGUGCAUAACAGGAACAACUGAACACAUCCAUGCAUUUUCUUAACCUAAGUCAAGCAGUAACUUUCCUCAUGUACACAUGAUUGGUAUCAUACUGGUUCAUGAUACAUAUUCUAUGUUUCAAUGAAUGGCACCACCACAACGAACCAGAGCACCUAAAGAGAAACAAAUUAUGCCCAUUGACAUCCCGGAAGUUGAAUCUGGUACUUCGUGGCUAACAUAGUAAUCGUCAGAGGAGCAGCAUUAAUAGAGAUAGUCAUGCCUCUAAACACGAGUUGAUAAAAAAACCCAUGUUGGCUAAAAAUAGGCUUUAUGAACCCUACAGAAUACGUGUGAGUGAUAAUGUGGAGAUUAAAAAGAUCCUCGCCCACCAUAAACAGUGGAGUCAACAUCUCCAAUAACUCAACAACAAAAAAAGGAAGACCAC